AUCAUUGCAUGUGGCCACACAUGGCUUCCCCCUUCCACAAUACAAUAUUGCACAUCAUUGCCCUUCGAAAUUUCUUUACGCAAAAUGUACGCGAACCUUCCAACCAACCACCCCUCCUCCCCCUCCAAUCGCAUUUCCAUUAUUCUUUGCACAGUCCUCAUGAUCACGACAACAAUACCCAAAUACAGUAAUCAAUAUACGCGUCCAUGGUUCUCUGUUUCCUCCUCCCUUCCCCCUUCCAAUUAAUUCUCCCCAUAUUAAAACUUCAACAACCCAGCCAAAUCUCAUUCCUCCCUGCCCCGCCCAUCGCACCCCACAGUUCCUCGAUUCACUACUACCGAUAUGUUUCCUCUCCGCCCGGCUUUCACGGUCACCCUCCUCGUCUUGGCUUCUCUGUUUCUCACUCCUAUCCAGGCCAUUCGACCGUUUCCCAACACAAGACUGAUUGCAGACCCAUUACGGCCGUUUGCGGAAGCGCCCGACUUUCGAAACGGCCCCGAAUGUCCAGUUUCGCCGGGGGCGAAGACCGCAGACCCGGCCUGCGCUGACCCCUCCUUCGUUCACAUCGCAAUGACGCUUGAUUUGGAGUACUUGAGAGGCUCUGUCGCCGCCGUUCACUCCAUUCUCAAACAUACUUCCUGCCCUGAAUCAAUCUUCUUCCACUUCGUCGCCUCCGAUUCGGCGCCGGCGAAACCCGCCCAGCUUGCUCGGAUCAUCCGUUCCACAUUCCCUUCUUUGAAUUUCAAAGUCUACGCGUUCGAAGAACGCCUCGUCAACAAUCUAAUCUCCUCCUCUGUUCGUCAAGCUCUGGAAAAUCCCCUAAACUACGCGAGAAGCUAUUUGGGAGAAAUCCUCGAAACCUGCGUUAACCGCGUGAUCUACUUAGACUCCGACGUCAUCGUCGUCGACGACAUCCGGAAUCUAUGGAGUGUGCCCCUAACUGGGUCGAAGGUAAUCGGAGCGCCGGAGUACUGCGGAGCUAACUUCACGAAGUACUUUUCCGGCGAGUUCUGGUCGGAGCGGAGGUUUAAGGAGGUUUUUGCGGGGAAGAAGGCGUGUUAUUUCAACACGGGUGUGAUGGUGAUGGAUUUGCGGCGGUGGAGGGAUGGGGAUUGCAGGAGGAGAAUCGAAGAGUGGAUGGAGAUUCAGAAGGAACAGAGGAUUUAUGAAUUGGGUUCUCUUCCGCCAUUUUUGCUGGUUUUCGGCGGCGAGGUUGAGGGGAUUGAUCACAGAUGGAACCAGCAUGGGCUUGGGGGAGACAAUGUGGUGAGCAGUUGCAGGGAAUUGCAUCCGGGGCCGGUGAGCUUGCUGCAUUGGAGUGGGAAAGGGAAGCCAUGGGCGAGGCUGGAUGCAGGGGAGCCCUGCUCUGUUGAUCGUUUUUGGGCUCCUUAUGAUCUUUACAGACACAGGGCACUGGGAUCUUCAUCUCCAUUCUCCAUCGCCAGUAGCUAAUGGAGAGAUUACCAUUAUGCUGCAAUUGAUUGAGUUCAUUUUUUUUGUUUUUUUUUUUUUUAUUUGUUGAUUUUUUCAUGAUGUUGGACAGUAUUCUUUUUGUAAAUGAAACAAGGAAUAGAUACAAAGAAUGAAGAAGAGUUUUUGUUUUUAUCCA